AAAAUCUUUUUUUUUUUUUUUUUUCUUCUUCUCUUGAUUUUAUUUAUACAUGAUACCCGCCAUAGAUACCCAAAAGAAUAAUGAUGGUCAACUAUGGAGUAUUAUAGAAAAGCAACGUAUCAUUAUCUUGGAGUUACAGAAAGCAUUGAGUGAAGUCACGAUCGAAAGAGAUCAUUUACUCCUUGCCAACACAGCUACACCAAUACCACCACCGAGGUCUCCUUAUCGUUCCAAUCACAAUAAAAAACUCAGCAUUCAGCUCAAGGAUCAACAUGAUGAGCAACACAUGAUCCCCAUUAGACUGAAAGUAAAGUCCAUUCACGCAGAUUCCUUUAUUUUAUCAGUCGUGAAUAAGAGGAAUAAUCAAGAGCUCUGGAAAAUUGAGAAGCUGUAUACGGAUUUACUCUGUUUGGACAUGGCCGUGAAUAUAAACUUUGCUCCAAUCGCUAUUUUAUCACUAAAAAACAACAAGUUGGACUUCCUUUUCAGUAAUACAAACUCAUUGGACAAAACACUACUUUUGAUUGAUGAAUAUCUGGAAGACACCAUCCGAUUAUUAAAACACGACAUGUCCAUAAUGUAUUCCUUCUUUCUAGACAAAAAAUUAAAACAAGGUUAUCUGACAAAAAGAAAUGUGGCAUGUUGCAAAAAGUACUAUUUUGUCUUGAAGGGUUCCGAGCUCAAGUAUUUUAUCAAAAACGAAGAUCAGUUAUCGAUGGGAAUCAUCAAUUUAGUUGCUGAAACACGCAUCGGAAAACAAGCAACAAAGAAAUACGGUGAUGCUAUUUUCCAACACGCGUUCAUCAUAUUACUAGAACAGGAAAAUCAUGCAUAUAAAUAUAUUCUUUGUGCUGAAUCGGAUACUGAAAGAGAUGAGUGGGUUAAACAACUUCAUAGACAACAAUGUAGUACUGUACCACAUCACACUAGACCCAAUUCGGACAUAUCUAUGCAUCCAACCGAAAAAAAAAAGAACAUCAGACACAAACAAUAUAAACGUUCAAGUAUGGACGAUAAGGCCAUUCAAACAUUUAAUAAUUCAAAACUAUUUAAUCAGUUAUCAACAAAAGCAAGUGAUGACUCAAUACCAACAACCAUCGAUUCUACAGAAGAGAAAAAAAAGGCUUCAAGAAGAACAUUUUGGACACGCAACAAAAAACUAUUUAAUUCAGAAGAUGAUUGUAUUGACCCAUCCCUCUCCUCCUCUUCUACUAUUGCUACCCCUGCCUAUCAAGUAUUUGGUGUAUCUCUAGAAGAAUCUAUCAGACUAACAAGAAUCUCUGAGAAAUUUGAUUUACCAGCUAUUGUAUAUCGCUGCAUCACCUAUUUGGAAGCUAAAGAUGCUAUUCACGAAGAAGGCAUAUAUCGUCAGAAUGGAAGCUCCCUUCAAAUCAAUCAGUUGCGACAGAGAUUUUGUGAAUACGGAGACCUUGACUUGUUAGCCAUGCCGCAAACAGAUCAGCACUUGGACGUCAAUGUAGUAGCUGGACUGCUAAAAAUGUGGUUGAGAGAACUACCUGUCAAUAUCUUGACAUUUGACUUACUGAAAGAUUUUUUAAAAGUCAUUGAUGAGAAAAAUAAACAGGUGCGUAUCAAGAAGCUGGGUCACCUUGUGUCCAUGUUACCCAUCGCCAACUAUUCCUUAUUACGCACGUUAAUUGCCCAUUUGAUCCAUAUUGUGCAUUAUUCGGACCACAAUAAAAUGACACUGAGAAAUAUAGGUAUCGUAUUCGCACCGACAUUAUCGAUACCCUCUGGGAUUUUCACUUUAUUCAUGAGUGAAUUCGAAUAUAUCUUUUGGACCGACAAAGCAACCACUGUCAGUUCAUUACCUACCUUUAAAAAACCUGUUUAUCCAAUCAUAAUGGAACCAUCUACUUCGGCUGAUAAGAUUAAGCAACAAUAUUUAAAAGCAGAAGAAGUGAGGUCAAGUAGAAAUAGUGUCUCUUUCAAGAACAAUGUUCCUUUGAGUAUCAUGAGUUUAGAAACUGUUAUUAACAAGGUUAAAUACCAUCACAUGGAUCUGCUUGCAGAGUACGAUGAUCCUGAACAAUAAAAUUUUCUUUUUUUUUAAAACGUGUAUCAUGAUGAACCAAACCCAUAUCCUUGUCACACUACAGCAGAUCCUCAGCACCUGUCAAUAGUUUCUACGGGACUGACCCAAAAGAAUGUAAUAUGACGUAUAAAUAAAAGAUUGAGGUACAAAUAAUGCGUGAUAAAAAAAGUAUAUUUGUUUCCUUUAAAGGCAGAUUAGCCAAGUUGUAC